AUGAUAUUCCCAAUGCGUUUAUCGCAUAAAAGCAAUAGAAUCUCAUAUCAUUAUCAUAAUAUCUUUGCGAUAUGUUUGUUAAUAUUUACACUAUUUAUUAUAUUGAUUUCGGUGUAUUAUAUUUUCAAAUUUGGCACUAUACAAAAACGUUCUGAAUAUAUUCCUAUAACACUGGAUGAUGUAAGUGCUCUACCCACUCAAAUGUUAUCCGCUGACUUGACUGCAAGUGAUGCUACCAAUUCUUCUUGUACAUAUUUCACUUGUUUCAAUGUAUAUCGAUGCGGCAGUCAGGGAAAUAAACUUUUGGUAUAUGUUUAUCCACCCAAGAUAUACUUGGAUCCUAUGGGUAGACCAAUAACAAACCAAAUAACGAGGGAAUUUUAUCAAAUUCUGAAUGCUAUUAUCAACAGUAAAUUUUAUACUCCAAAUCCAUAUGAAGCUUGUAUUUUUGUUCCCUCUAUUGAUACUCUCAAUCAGAACAGAUUAAGAUUGCAAGAGGUUUCUCAAGCAUUAAAAUCAUUACCUUUCUGGAAGAAAGGAGAGAAUCAUCUAAUUUUCAACAUGGUACCUGGAAGUGUGCCAGAUUACAACACUGUCAUUGAUGUGCCAGUGGGAAGAGCUAUGAUUGCAGGUGCUGGAAUGUCAUCAUUGACAUACAGGCCUGGUUUUGAUAUUAGUUUACCAGUGUACAAUCCACUAAUAAAUAAUCUCAAAAUAAAUUACAGUAAUGGGAGAACAUGGUUAGUGAUGUCUUCGCAAAUCAAUAUUAAUACUGCUUUUGAGCAAGAUUUAAUGGAAGUAAAAUCGACGUAUCCAAAGGAUAUUUUAAUAUUAGGUCCAUGUCUACAUUUUAAUCCUAUGAAUAAUACAAUACGUUGCGUUGGCAAGGGCAUCUAUAAAUAUCCUGAUAUCCUGCAAUCCGCAACAUUUUGUCUAAUAAUCCGUGGCGCUAGGCUUGCCCAAAGCUCACUUUUAGAUGCAAUGGCAGCUGGGUGUAUACCUGUGAUUAUAGCUGAUUCUCUAACAAUGCCAUUCCAUGAUGUAAUUGAUUGGACAAAAGCUGCUGUAUUUGUACGCGAAGUCGACAUUUUAUUAAUAAUACAAUUGCUAAAAAAGAUAUCCCAUCAACGUAUCAUGGAGAUGCAAGAACAAAAUGCAUGGCUUUAUAAUCGUUAUUUCAGUACAAUGGAAAAGAUUACAGAAACUACAUUAGAAAUACUCACAGACCGCGUAUUUCCGCAUUUGACACGAGAUUACACAUAUUGGAAUGUGCCAUCUUAUAAGGGGAAGCCUUCACCACUUUUUCUACCGGUAACUGCUCCUAAAACACGCGGUUUUACUGCUGUAAUAUUAACAUAUGACAGACUGGAAUUGUUAUUCCUAUUAAUCAAUAAACUUGUGAAGGUACCAAGUUUAUCUAAAGUUUUGGUAAUUUGGAAUAAUCAGCAUAAAAAUCCACCACCUUCUACAAGAUGGCCAAAAGUGAAUAAGCCAUUAAAAGUGAUUCAAACAAAGGAAAAUAAGUUGUCAAAUCGUUUUUAUCCAUAUGACGAAAUUGAAACUGAAGCAGUAUUAUCGAUAGAUGAUGAUAUUAUUAUGUUAACUGCUGAUGAAGUGGAAUUUGCUUAUGAGGUAUGGAGGGAAUUUCCAGACAGAAUCGUUGGAUUUCCAUCUCGUAUACAUAUGUGGGAUAAUACCACUAAUUGUUGGAAGUAUGAGAGUGAAUGGACAAACAGCAUUUCUAUGGUUUUAACAGGAGCAGCUUUUCAUCAUAAGUAUUGGAAUUACAUGUAUACGACAGCCAUGCCUGGAGAUAUAAAGGAAUGGGUCGACGAGCAUAUGAAUUGCGAAGAUAUCGCGAUGAAUUUUCUAAUAGCAAACGUUACUGGAAAAGCUCCGAUAAAAGUAACGCCAAAGAAAAAGUUUCGAUGUCCUGAAUGUACCAAUACUGAAAUGUUAUCUGCGGAUUUGACACACAUGGUGGAACGUACACAGUGUAUAAACAAAUUCUCCUCUAUUUACGGAAUCAUGCCAUUGGAAUCGGUCGAAUUUCGCGCAGAUCCAGUACUCUUCAAGGACGUAUUUCCGGAGAAAUUAAAGCGAUUUAACGAUAUAGGCAGUUUGUAAUUGUGAUAUAUAGAUUUUAUCUUGAAGCAGACACCUUCGACAAUAGCUUUCUUUCCUACCUCAUGCGAUGGUAAGGCCGACAUGUAGCUCUAUAAAAAAAGAUGCUUUUUUAACAUACAAAUAAUUUAAUUUAAUAAUAUUGUUAGAAAACAAAUUGGUGCUUAGAAAUAAGAAUAUUCUUCAGGUGUAAAUAUUUAU